AUGGCUGAUGCUGAUGCUCCCAACGCUCCCGAAGCUGGUCUUGCUCCGGCUGUUGCUGCCAAUGCCCCGGGUAUUGUUGGUGACGCCCAAGCUGCCGCUUACGCUGCGUUUGCCGCUGCUGAAGCUCAAAUGGCAAACGCUCUCGCUGUUCUCGCGGGGGAAGCACCCCCUGAUGCUCAACCCUUUCCUCCACCUCCGGGAGUGGCCGACAUUCCAGUUGGCCUCCCUCCGGCUGUGGUGGAUGCUCCUCUCAUUGAUCCGUAUGACAGUCUUCUCAUGAGGGCUGGCAUGAACUACGGAACUCGCAAGGCUUUUUCUAAGGAGGGCUAUGGUUUGAUGUCUGACUUGGUUACUCUUAACCAGAAGCAACUUGAAUCCCUCAUUGAUAUGAUGAACAAGAAGCAUUGCGGUAAAUCUUUUCAAGGCGCAAUUCCGUUGGGCCUGAACCUUGUGGCUGAAGACCUUGAGAUUGAUAUUGGCCACAAAACCAAGACCACUCUCAAGGUUAUUCUCCAUUGGGCGGACCUCCAGAAAAGUCUUGGAUUAGACGUGAAUGCCGAGGAUUAUACCAAUGUUGUUGGUCAGCUUGCCCGCGAACGUAUGGAUGAAGAGGAGAAGAUUCUUGAGGCGGCCAAGAAGCUUACGCCUUCUAAGCCAACAACCCUCAAGGAUAUGACCAAGUGGCGUUCCUUCUUUGAAAACUGGAACUCAUACAUGAGUCAGUGUCGCGGUGCUGCGGCUAUCCCUCUUUCGUACAUUUACCGUACCAACAAGCAGCCCAAGACCGCUUUGGUCGGAACCUAUGUGAAUAUGGAUGCCUAUUUGGUUGCCCAGACAGUCCUGUCUGGUUCCAACUUUGAGAUCAAUAACCAACGGGUUUUUGACAAAUUCAAGGAAGCAAUCAUUACAACCGGACCUGGAUGGUCUUUCAUCAAGAUGUACAACCAAAGCAAGGAUGGUUGUGCUGCCAUUUUGAAAUUAAAGGAACAGGCGGAAGGAACAUUAAACGAGUCAGUUCGCCGUGAUGAUGCCAUCAAGAUCCUGUCAACUACAACAUACAAUGGUCCGAGUUGUAACUCGAAUAUUGAUAUGCUGUUGCAGAAAUUUCAGUAUGCCAUAUCGGAAUUGGUCGAAAUUGACGGAGUUGCGUUGCCGGAUGGGCAGCUUGUGACUUAUUUGGUCCAGGCAUUGAAGGACCCAAGUCUGAGUUAUGUUCGUGACACAAUUCGCACCAAUGCCACUUAUCGGAACAGUUUUCCGGAAGCGCAGCUUUUUGUGAAGACUUUUGUGUCUUUGUCCACAAGCAAAUCCGAAAACACGCCUCGACAGGUCAAUGAUGUGCAAACAUCAGGUAGUGGGGCCUCCGGUGGGAGUAAGAAAGGAGGUACCGGGAAAGGAGCCAGCAAGCCGACUCCCUUCAAGGGUGCAGUCACGGCUCGCAGUUAUACUCCGGGAGAAUGGAAAAGUUUGUCCAAGGACCAACAGGAAAAAGUGCGAUCGCUGCGUAAUAAAAAGAAGCAAGGAGGGAAACCCGAGGAAUCAGAGAGGAGUGUUGACAGUGUAGCACGGGGUGAGCCUGUGGACACUAAGGAAGUCCAUACCAGCAGUGAAAUGGAACCGACUUCAGAUGCGGCUGGCCUGCAAUUUGGCCGUGACACAUGCGUGGCUGGGGCAAACACUGUCUUGAUUGGUGAAUCGCAGAAGUCCGUAACUAUGCGGCCUUUCUCUGGUGAAUAUUCUGCGCUGAAGAAUAUCCCCAUUGGAACGGUUGCCACAGCUUACACAGUACCAGAAGACGGGAGAGUGGUGCUUCUUAUUAUUAAUCAGGCCCUAUUCUUUGGGGACAGAUUGAAAAACACCCUAUUGACCCCCAACCAGAUGCGAGACUUUGGCAUUGAAGUUGACAAUGCCCCUCGGCAGUAUGUCGCCAACUCCAAGCACUCUUUGUAUGUUCCUGACUCUCCACUUUGGAUUCUGCUGCAACUGCGCGGAAUAUUCUCGUUUUUGGAGUCGCGGAAGCCCACGCAACAGGAACUCGACGAGUGUGAGCAUAUCAUACUCACCUCUGAUGUGCCGUGGGAGCCUUGCUCCACUGACUUUGCACGUCGGGAAGAACAGGCCGUUAAGCGUGACCGGAGUGUAUCAUUGGUUGACACAAGGGGACUUUCCACUGGCCAUGCAACCUUCUCAGCACACCAAUAUGGUAUCCGUACUAUUGCGGCCUUGCAGAGAAUGGGUUGGAUGGCAGGGCUGACUUGGAUGUGUACCCAUUCCGACAACUUCACCAGUGUUGUCUCAAAUAUGACAUCAAGCGAAAGAUGGUCAGCGUUGACGCUUGAGGUUUUGUCGAGGCGUUGGAAUAUUGGCCUGGAAUCGGCCAAGCGGACUCUACAAGCGAUGACGCAGAAAGGUGUGCGGACUGUGAUGCACCCCUUGACCCGACGGUAUCGUACUCGCCAAUCGCAUUUACGAUUUCCUACCAUUUGGACCAAGGUUUACACCGACACCAUGUUUUUGUCUGUGGUCUCCAUCCGCCAGUACAAGUGUGCCCAGCCAGUGGCAGAAUCGAUUCGUGAAAUUAAGAAGGCUGUUCGGCACCGACUGCAGGUCUCUCGGGCACCAAGGCGACUUUGGUGUUUUUGUUGUGAAUGGGUUUCGGCAAUCCGUCAACUGACCGCCCACAACAUUCCUGCAUUAAACGGUUGUGUUGCUACAGAGCUUUUGGAAGGGGACACCCCUGAUAUUUCUGAAUAUGCGCAAUUUGACUGGUAUGAGCCUGUCUGGUUCAUUGACCCAACUUCUGCUUUCCCUGAAAUGAAGAAGAAAUUGGGCCAAUGGGUCGGAGUUGCAUCAGAUGUGGGACAGGCAAUGACUUUUUGGAUCCUUCCAAAGUCAUGCAUCCCAAUGGCACGGUCCUCUGUUGCUCGCGUCCUCCCAGACGUAGGCGCUACUGAUGAAUUUAAGGCUGACCUUGCUGAACUCAAUCUAGCCAUUGAAAAGAGAAUUGGAAACAGCAAAACUGCAGAAGAAGAUCAGGUCAUUGACGGUCAACUCGCAAAUCUAGUUUCGGGUCCGACUGAUGAUCUGUUUGAAGGGUAA